AUGAAGGAACGUGAUUUUUUUCUAGCGGAAAUUCUGCGACACGAUGGACGCGGAGAUCACACUUCUGACACAUGUCCUGGAUGUCGAUGUCUGACAUUUACACCCCCACGAUAUCGAUGCCAGGAGUGUCUGGAUGCGCAAUUGUACUGUGGCACCUGUAUCAUCCAGAAUCACAUACGGUUACCUACCCAUCAUAUUCAUAAAUGGAAUGGUCAAUUUUUUGAGCGUGUUUCAUUGAAAAGCAUGGGCCUUCGCGUACAGCUGGGUCACGCAAUCGGCGAGCGGCAACUACUGCGUGCUGGUUGGUUUCCGUCGACUUCUACUAAUCCACGAACGGCCGCAACAUUCCGUGUUCUUCAUCAAUACCAUAUUCUGUCUUUUGAGUCAAAGGCUUCCGCAUAUGAGUUUUAUCACUCGCUGGUUCGCUUAACGGACAACACAGGCUUGACCAAACGAAAAGAUCAUUAUGAAUCUUUCAUGCGCAUGGUCCGUGAAUGGCGUCACUUGGUGAUGUUAAAGCACUCAGGACGCGGCCAUGAUCCAAGUGGUGUGGCGGGUACUUUGGAGGGUCAGUGUGCUGUGUUAUGUCCUGCAUGUCCGCAGCCUGGGAAAAAUCUCCCGGACAAUUGGCAAGAUGCUCCAAAGGCCAAAGAUUGGCUAUAUGGACUUUUUCUGGUGAUUGAUGCCAACUUUCGUCUGAAAAGACGUGUGGUAUCGUCCGAUGAGAUUGAUCCCAGCCUUUCACGAGGUUGGGCUUAUUUUGUAGAGGAGGCAUCUUACAAGUCUCACAUCUCAGACAGGGCUGAAGAUACACAAGAGAAAAGCAUGUGCUCCAGCCACAACGCUGUGAACAUGGCAGACACCAAAUUAUCUCAAGGACUUGCGGCAAUGGGAGUAGGUACUGUUGAUUGUGCGCGUCAUAAUAUGAAGUGUCCCAAUGGAGUCGGCGACCUUCAAAAGGGAGAAAAGUAUCUGAACAUGGAUUAUCUGUUUUUCUCUACACUACGACACUCCACGGUAGAUGUCUUGAAUGUGUCAUAUGACAUCGCUUGUCAAUGGCACAAGCAUCUUUGGUCACGCAUGCUGUCUUUGCCACCUUCCCACCACUUGAACUAUCUUACGAGGACGAUCCGCUUCUUUGUGCCCAAGUUCCAUCUCCCUGCGCACGUCUCCAAGUGCCAAACAAUUUUUUCAUUCAACUUUACUCACUUUGUUGGGCGCACGGAUGGCGAGGCACCAGAGAGAGGAUGGUCCAAUAUCAAUCCUGUAGCUUCAAGCACGAAGGGUAUGGGUCCAGGCUGUCAUCGAGACACACUAGACAAUCAUUUUGGCGACUGGAACUGGAAAAAAGUAGUUGGACUCGGAUCGUCGCUUUUAUUCAAGAUAAAAGAAGCCCAGACAGAAAAGGCCGAGCAUGGUGCUGCCUUCGAGGAGUUUGAUAGUGUCAUCACGUCUGAAAAUCACGUGGCCUGGAAGGUUGAAAUGGAGGCAUGGGAGGAAAAUCCAAAUGAUACGAUGGUUUCCAACCCAUUACAGCUGAAAGGCAUUGGCGAUGCACGCUUGAACUUAGCCCAGCUCAAGGCUGAGGAUCUCGAACGUGGUGUAGAUCUUUCACUUCACCCUGAUGUAUCGCCAAGUGUACUCAUCGCAUCAGGCAUUGACCUUGAAGAAGAACAGCGGCACUUGAAGGCCAUAGCCGACAACAUGGGUAUUCAUGCCACGGAUACACAGAAGUUGAGUAUCCUCCGCAUGAGGAUGUCUCUUCGUCGAAAGACCAAAUCUUGGAGGCGGACCCAGCUUCUAUAUGUACCAUCGGUGCAAGUACUUGUCAACACGUCAGCAACCAGUGCUCUUGAAAAUGCUGAGCUUAUGAAGCUGUGGCUCCCGUCCGCAUUGAAUGGUAAUGCUUGUGAUUCGCACCUCCAACACAUCGAGUGGGAAUUGCGAUUCGCGCAAGCUCACAACGCUUUAGAAGAGCUUAGGCAGUGCCUCCAUGUACACUGCUCCCUCUUGAAUUUCAAGAGGGAAUGGAUUCGGGGCCAAGGGGCCAAUACUCGGGCUCAAAACGCGCUCGCACGUAUACAUGCUAGGCAGGCGGCGUGCAUGAAGCACUAUAGGACUGCAUGGGGGGCUCUCAAAUCUCUCGCACAGAUUCUGAAGAAGGUAGAUUGGCGUGGACGGUUGCAGGACCUCUCUGAUGACGACGUGAAGCCACUCAUCGACCCAUUUGCCACUCAGGGAGAGGGAAGGCGAAGACUGACGUGGAUUUGGAUGAUGGAUGGUAUGGACAAUUGCGCAGAUGGUGGGGAUGUUGAUGGUGUUCGUGUUGAAUGGUGCAAAUCCCGUGCCAGGGUGCUUCGCUGGGCUGAAGAAGUGGACCUUCUCCAGGAGGAGAUGCGCCGGGUUUUGCUAUUUUUCAAUUGGCAGGCAAAUUGGUGGGAAGGACAGGGAGUCCUCUAG